AUGGGCAGUGAUCAGGCAGCCGCAUGGCCUCAUGUGUUCACCAGAGAACCUCAGCCCUCGCAGAAGCCCUCGCCUCAGCAGUCAGCUGAAGCAGCCUCAGCACUAAUGUCCAGCAGGGAGCCUCAGGCAAUGCCACAAGCGGCUGCAGGACCAGUCCAAAGUCCGUACGAGGAAGAGGUUUGCCGGAUGUCCUCCUGCGGUGGGAAUGACCCGGGCAGCUUGCCCAGUGUCAAACUUGUCAAUGCGAUGAGGGAGGACCUGCUCCAGCUCCAUCACCAGCACCCAGGAAUGCAGAUCAUUUUAUCUGCCAUUCCUCAGCGGUGCAGGUCGCAGCCCCAGGAGCCACCAAAAGACGCAUAA